AUGGCUACAAAAGCUAUACCUACGCGUAAUAAUACACAAAACAAAGCUCCUGGAGCUGGUUUUCCAAACCAAACACUGUACUGCACCAACCUACCAGAUAAGAUUCGGAAACACGACCUGCGACUAUCGCUUUAUACCCUUUUUUCUACCUACGGAGUUGUCUUGGAUGUUGUCGCCAUGAAGACAGCUAAGAUGCGCGGUCAAGCCCAUAUUGUGUUUAAAGAUAUCCAGGCUAGUACACAAGCUAUGCGGGCUCUCCAGGGGUUUGAGUUCUUUGGUAAAGAAAUGAAAAUCGUUUAUGCCAAGGGAAGUUCGGAUGUCCUUGCUAGACUACGUGGCACGUACAACCUCCCGGCUCCGACUGCCCCAGUCGGCGGCGUUUCGACAGACCUGCAGAAAUCGAUAUUCAGCGGUCCUCCCGGAUCGACAGCGCUGCCUCCUAAGCCCACUAGUGGAGUCAAUGGUGAGGCACAAGCAGCCCAAGGAGUUAAGCGACAGCGCGAGGAAGAAAGUGAUGAGGAGACACCGAUGGAUGAGGAUAGCGACGUUCCAAUGGAAGCAUCGUCGGAUGAAGAUUAA